UUGAAAGCCCUGAUCAAGUAAGGCUAAUCGCGGCAGAAGUUGGUGAGAGGUUGAUUUAAGUUCUUAGUUUAUUGCUGUUAAGUUGCUACAUGCUGCUUUAAAAUUGUUUAUUGUUGUCCGUUGAUAAUCAAGUAUUAUACGAUUAAUGGUAAUGGCACGAGCGACCUCAAGACAUAAAAUGAGCAGUUCUGAGGAGGUUUCAUGGAUCACCUGGUUCUGCAGCCAACGUGGGAACGAAUUCUUCUGUGAGGUGGAUGAAGAUUACAUACAAGACAAAUUCAACUUGACUGGACUGAUAGAAUGUGUUCCUCACUUCCACAAUGCUCAUGACAUGAUUUUGGAUCUGGAACCAGUAGAUCCAGAGGAGUCUGGACUUGCAGACGAAGUGGAAGCAGCGGCAGAACUUCUGUACGGUCUUAUCCAUGCACGCUAUAUACUCACUAAUAGAGGAAUUGGCCAGAUGAUGGAGAAAUAUGAAUCUGGCGUCUUCGGCUACUGCCCCCGAGUGUACUGCCAGAACCAGCCAUUGCUGCCAAUAGGUUUGUCAGACAUUCCUGGAGAAGAAAUGGUGAAACUGUACUGCCCAAAGUCUAAUGACGUGUAUGUUCCAAAAUCUACCAGACAUCACAAAGUGGAUGGAGCUUUCUUUGGGACAUCAUUUCCUCAGAUGGUUUUCAUGGUCCACCCAGAGUGUCGUCCACCAAAACCAACACAACAAUUUGUUCCAAGAUUGUACGGCUUCAAGAUCCACCCCCUGGCGUACCAGAUCCAGGCAGAAGAAGGGCAAGGACGCAGGGCUCUAAAAGCAGGCAGCGGCACACCCGGUGCGACGAGUGGUCACUGAUCACGUGUGUGGCGCGCACCCCUCGGCUCCGCUGCUGAAGGGUGUGCGCAGGACGGCAACCGUUCCUCACUCGGCAGUCUCAACACGUACCUCUGAUCUGCAACAUGAGUUUGCUGCACAUCUGAAACAUUCUGAAUGUGUGGUAGACAUUUGCUGGUUUUUAUGAGUAAGUGGGCAGCAUCACAAUUUACAAGCAAGCAGACUGAGGUACAAUGAGCUAUAAUAUUGCAGAUCACAUUAGGCAUUGUAUUGACUCUGCACGUGGCAUUCCAAAAGUGGUAGUGUUUAUUUCAUUAUAGCUGUCAGUGAUGUACACUAUCUUUAUUUGCGCUUGCCACACAGUGGAGUGGCUUCGUUUUUAACCUGAUUAAAAGAUAGAUUUGUAUUAUUUCUGAGCAACCAGCUUGUAUGUAUUUGUCUUGAUUGUACUGAUAGUUGGCAGUUGCUACAGUCUCUCAUUGUAAGAGAGUGAAAUGCCUGUCAGAUUCUAUAUGUUUACAAAACUCUUUUAGCACCAAGUUUACUGGGCAUGCUGCCGCCAUGAGCAGAGAACUUGUCAGAAAAGAUACACUAUUUUAUGUCCCCAAGAACAUUGAAUUGGCAUGAGAAACUCUUUAAUGUUGUUUAGAACAAAAGGACAGUUUCUUAGUAGUGUAUUAGUGCAAGAUAUUUAAAUUAUUUUUAUUGGUGCUUAUUAAGUACAAUUUUUUGUUACCAGAAGACUGAUUUAUAAACUAUUUACUUAGUAUCUGGUAGCUGUGUUUGGUGCAAAUGUAAGAAGAUUGUCUAUGCUUUUUUGUUGAGUUUGUGUGGUGAAUACUUUUGUUCAAGUGUGAAAGUAGAUCUCGUAAAUGUGAAUGAAUACAUCCCUUUACAUAUUGGACUUCAUGAAGACCAAGAAUCUCAGGUUCUGUGAACAGUUAAAAUUUCUGUAUGUGACUGAAUUCAGAAUGGUAGGCACAGAUGUUUGGAAAGGUCUUCGAACGUUUGUGCUACUCCUGAGUUGUUGUACGGAGUCAUUUUGCAUUAGAAUGGAAUUUGUGGAGGGUUACGUAGUCUGUAUAUGUUUUACAAUUACAAGAAAAUAAAAUAAAUUAGAAUUGUGAUGUAGUUUGAGGAGAGAAGAAGGUGCUGAGCAUUAAUCAGGGAAGAAAGCAAAUUUAUGCUAAGAACGAAUGUCACUAAGACAGGAAAUGAAAGUAAUAUCCUUCCUUUAAGUGCGCACAAUAUGCUGUGACAUGUAAAUUGCUGAGAAACUACAAGCUAUUAACAAAUACUACAGCAGAAAUUUUGAGUAGUUUGAACCAUAUAGAAAGGUACUCGUACAAGUAGGAUUCAAAAAUAUUCUUAAGUUCUUGUAGUGCAGUGUUGUUAAGAAAUAAAGAGGUAAAUAUGUGUUAGAAAUGUGUUGUGACAUACAUAUGAAAAAAUCUAAUUUCCAAAACUGUUGAGUGUUUGAGUAGUAUAAAAUCCUUCCUAAUAGUUUUUCUAUGAAUGUGGCAAGCAUAACCACUCACAGAAAAUUGAAGCAACUUCCUAAUAGAAAUGCUGUGCUCACAAACAUUGAGAAAGAAAACAUUUUACAAUAAAACUGUAAUGGAACACAAAUUUGUAUCCAAUUUAAAUACAUUUUCUGGAUGUUCAUAUGAAAUUGAUUAGUCAAAUGCUGAAAUAUUUCACCUUGUUGACUGUUUUCUUCGUCAGUCAUUAGUUUGUUAUUGUCAUAUAAUUAUGGGUUUAGAUUACAUUGUUACUUAUUAGGGUUGGUUGUGAUGUUUCCCUUUACAGUGAGGAUAAAUGAUUCACUUUAGUAUCAUAGCACAUUGUUUAUAGCUAUUCAACUUUGUAUGUGACUUUCUGCUGCUACUUAUCAUAUACUGUAACAAAGAUCUGUGCUGGUGGAGAUGUUUCUCUUCCUGCAAACCAUCAGUUUUAUGUACUCCAUAAAAAAACUUUUUAUUAACAGUACUUUCUGAUAUAGGGUCAUGCAGAGUAUUUGCAAUACUGUGUUAAAGUCCAAGUAAUUUGUUCAGUCCAUGUUAUUUCUAAGUUCAACCAAAGUUAUCUAUGGCACAACUUGGGUGUUAUUCAGUAUUUAAAAAAAAAAAAGUAAUCAUCACAGAUUUAUGGAUCAGAUACUAAAAAUGCUGAUGGCUUACUCUGUUAUAUUCUCAACAAAAAUUGCCAGAUAACAGAAAAUAUUUUGUGAUACGUCGUGUGUUCAAGAACAAAGAAACUGUUACAUUUAAGGAGAAGAGUAAUGGUGCUGAUUACUUCUAAAACUUUCUAGUCUGCAAGUCAGUGGUGCUUUUCAUACAACACAAAAGCAAUAAAAACCGUACUUCCCUCUUAUUUUCUUCUUCUUCUUUUUUUUCUGAUAUUAUUUUGCAUAUUGGGAAAUGGUUUCCUAAAUAAAGGCAGGAAAACUAUUUAAAAAAGUAUUACAGAUUAUUACACAUAGGAAGAAAAAUGAAACUGUAACACUACAACAUAUAGUUAAAACUGAAAAAGAUACUUACAGAUGUGUAUCAGUUAUUUCACAGACUAACAAGCGACCGUUGCAGUAUGGUCCCUCUUCUGUUUGCUUCGUACUGACCUGAAAAAUCAGUUUCUUAAUGCAGUGCUGUGCAAUUCUCUAAAAAAAAUCACUUUUGAAAAAUAGAUCAUCUCUGAGCGCUGUAAAAGACAUUUUCCUAUUUAUCUUGCCUAGAUAUUUGAGGUACAUGUCUUAUAAUUAUUUUUCGCUAGAUGUAUUAAGUGAGAAAUAUUUUCUCUAAAAAAAAUUGAGCACUUCUUGUACGUCAUUGUGUCUUAUAUGCCAACAAAUACAGUAUCUUUUCUUUGUA